AAUUUUUGUGUUGCAAUAAACAAAUGCAAAUGGAUAAAUUGAAUUUAACAUUGACUGCUGUCAAGAAUCUCCGCUCGAAUGUCCGCCAGUGCUUUGAACAUCUGGCCGAUGGCACCGACGGCGAGGGCGUCGAAGAAAGCCGCAAUAAAUUUGUGCAUGAUUUUCAGGACAGAUUCGGAGCGAUAAAUUCACAAUUGCGUGAAGUGGAGCAGCUGAUAAAUGGCUUACAGGUGCCGCCGACUGCCUAUCACUUGGGCAACACGACUUUUCUGGCGCAGGAAACGUCGCAGGAUCGCCAGGCGCUUUAUCCACAACUUGUGAACAGUUACAAGUGGAUUGAUAAGGUGCAUGAUCACAGUUUCCUCGCUUUUAACAAUUUGAAUCAGAAUACUCUGCGUCGCUCCUACAAUUACUGCUCGCAGAAGCGCCAGCGAUUGCCCUUCUCCUCCUUCAACAACGAUCCGGAUCACAUAGAUAAGCUGCUAAGUGAAAUCAAUCAUCCGCCGCACACAUCCUACAAUGUGUUCCGGCCCUUUGGCUCCAAUGCCGUGGCCAUUGUUACCAUUAGCAAUGUCCUCAAGGCGGCCAUUGUCUUCAAGGGUGUCCUCAUCGAGUGGGUGACUAUCAAGGGCUACGAUGAGACGCUGGAGCAUGAUGAUCUGUGGGCAGAGUCGCGUUAUGAGGUGUUCCGCAAGGUGCAGGAGCACGCCCACUCUGCGAUGCUGCACUUCUUUUCACCCACCCUGCCCGAUCUGGCCGUGAAGAGCUAUGUCACUUGGCUGAAUAGCCACAUCAAGCUGUUCCUCGAGCCGUGCAAGCGCUGCAAUAAAUAUAUCGCAAAUGGUUUGCCGCCCACGUGGCGAGACUUGCGCACGCUGGAACCGUUCCAUGAGGAGUGUCGCAAUAGCUAAGAUUUGAGUAGAAUAUACAAAUACUAGAAAUAUAUAUAUAUAACAUAAUGA